AUGCGUCGUGAAGGCUUCGAGAUGGGUGUUUCUCGUCCGCAAGUGAUCAUGAAAGAAGUUGAUGGCGAAACUCAAGAACCAUACGAAAACGUUACUUUUGAUGUUGAAGAACAACAUCAGGGUUCUGUUAUGGAACAAAUGGGUAACCGUAAAGGUGAGUUGACCAAUAUGGAAGUUGACGGUAAAGGCCGUAUCCGUAUUGAAGCAACUGUUCCAUCACGUGCUUCUCGCAUUACGGUACAGCUAAACAAGGUGCAGUUGCGAAACGUCAAAACGACCGUGGUCGUCUAUUUGCUGAACCACAGUUAG